UUUCAGCUCUCGACUCGUCGCGUUGUCAAAAAGACUCGCUCGCACAGCUGCGACGACAAGCUCUCGAAACGGACGCAAAUUCGUAAUUUGUAUAAUUUUGCAAUUGGUUCUAAAAAGAUGGAUCCUUAUUAACUUGCUUCGAAAUCUCCCAGAAACUAAUUGCAAUAUCAAGAGCAAAACUCUGAUCAGAUAUUGAUGGGACUCGUAGAUCGAAUUGGAGAUUACUGGCCCGCUGCUGCAUUCCAAUCGGAAUUCCACACUUCGAAAUCGCGCGCGUUUUCCGCCGCGCCGAUCGUUAAAAAUUCAUUAAGGCUUGUUAAUCGCCGCCAAUAAUACAAAUAAUACAAAUAAUCCAAGUAAUCGCAUCGAUUGCCCAUAAUUGAUACUCGCCGUGUGUGUGAGAGAGUGAGUAGUGCCUGUGUGUGAGUGCGAUCGCAUCCGCCGGUAAAUGUACGCGAAAAUCGAAACGGAUCUGGAUCUUCCGCGGACUUGAUGCCGACGUAGCUGAAGAUAUAUCUCCAGUCCCGCAGCUGGACUCGAAAUGUCACGACGCAAACAGUCCAACCCCAAGCCGUUGAAUAAAGGUGAUUGUUCCGAUACCGCAGAAGAGAUGACCGUUGACAGCAGAGAUUCCAAAGAUCUGACCGCCCAGGAAAUGGGCGAGGAGAAGCAGCAGCAAAUGGAGGAUCAACUGGAGGAUCAGGAGUCCUCCUCCAGCGAUCCCCAAGAGAACAACAAUAACAAUAACAAUAACAAUAAUGAUGAUGAUGAUGGCGAUGAAGAGGGUGACUUUGAGCAGCCAGAAGAGACUAAUCCCGUGGAGGAUCAGGAUUUGGGGGAGACGGCGAUGGAGCAGGAUCAGGAGGUUCAGCGGGAAGAGGAGGAGGAACUGCCUGCACUGAACAGUCCCAGCACUCCGCCCAGGAGUCCCAUCUCUCCCCAGCUGAUUCCCAAGCUGGAACAGCCAGCCACGCCCCCUUCGGAGGCGGAACCUUCUCCCUGUCCCUCGCCUUGUCCACCCACUCUCACUCCCACUCCCAAGUUCCCCAAGGUGCGUCUGAAUGCGCUCCUUGCCUCGGAUCCUGCCCUCAAGCCAGAUGCCAAGGAGCUGACGCUGCCCGACUCCCGUCUCCUGGCUCCGCCGCCCCUCGUCAAGCCGGAGGCGCCUCCGCCUCCUCAGGAGGAACCCCAUCUCAAGCCAGCCCGAUUCAUGUGCCUGCCCUGCGGCAUCGCCUUCAGUUCGCCCUCCACGCUGGAAGCCCACCAGGCCUACUACUGCUCUCACCGGAUCAAGGAGACGGACGAGGCGGGCAGUGAUAAAUCCGGAGCAGGAGGAUCGGCAGGAGCAGCCGGCGAUGGAGGAUCCAUUAACUCCGCCUCCGAGCCACCAGCCAAAAUGGCCAGAACGGGCAAGCAGUACGGCUGCACCCAGUGCUCCUACAGUGCCGACAAGAAGGUGUCCCUCAACCGGCACAUGCGGAUGCACCAGACCUCGCCGGCGGCUCCCACCUUGGCCAGUCUGCCGAGUCUCCUCCAGAACGGAUUGCCGCCAUCGCUGCCAUCGGUGGGCAACGUAACGCAGCCCCUUUCGCUGGAGGACAGUCCUAGUCAACAAACCGAUCGCUACUGCAGCCACUGUGAUAUCCGGUUCAACAACAUCAAGACCUAUCGGGCGCACAAGCAGCACUACUGCAGUUCGCGGCGGCCGGAGGGUCAGCUCACACCCAAGCCAGAUGCCUCGCCGGGCUUGGGAGGAUCGGCAGGACCAAGUGGUUCUAGCGGUGGAUCAGUGGUGUCCAGUGCGCAGCCAGCUGCUCCCGGCAAGCUGAGUCCGCAGGCCAGGAACAAAACACCCACACCUGCGAUGGUCGCCGUGGCGGCUGCUGCUGCGGCGGCCGCCGCCUCCCUCCAGGCCACCACCCACUCGCACCCGCCCUUCCUGGCUCUGCCCACCCACCCGAUCAUCAUUGUGCCCUGCUCGCUCAUCCGGGCGGCCAGCUUCAUUCCAGGACCACUGCCCACACCGAACUCGGGGAUUGUGAAUCCAGAGACCACCUGCUUCACCGUGGACAAUGGAACGAUCAAGCCCCUGGCCACUGCCCUUAUCGGCGCCUCCUUGGAGCCCGAACGCCCCUCGGCUCCUUCGUCAGCUGCCGAGGCCACCGAACCCAAGAGCAGUCCACCGGAACCCAAGCGAAAGGAGGCGGGAGGAAGUCGUGAGUCUGCGCCCCUGGAUCUCUCGCUGCGUCGAUCGCCCAUCUCCCUGAAUUCUCUGACCUUGCGACAGCAUCAACUUCGCAACGCCCUCCUCGAUGUGGAGGAAGUGCUCCUUGCCGGCGCCGCAGGAGGAGGAGGAAGUGCCAAGGAUCACGUAGAAACUCCGCGAGGAGGAGGAAGUGUGACUCCCGAGCAGAUCGUUUGCGCGCCCUCCCUGCCCUCGAGUCCCUCGAUGAGUCCCUCGCCCAAGCGACGAGCCAUCAGUCCACGCAGCUCGGGCGCCGGCAGUGCCUCCUCCAUGUCGCCGCCGGGUCUCAACGUGGCCGUGCCCCACAUGCUGGACAUGCGCUCCAUGCUGCCGGCGGACUUUGGCCUCUCCGAAUCGCUGCUGGCCAAAACUAAUCCCGAGUUGGCUCUGAAACUGGCGGCGGCAGCUGCAGCGGCUGCAGUGGCGGGCAGUGGAGCUGCCGGAGCGGCAGCCUUCUCCCCAUCUCCCCUGGCUUCUUCUGCUCAGACGAGUGGAAAUCCAGGAGGCGUAGGAUCAGCUACCCAGCAACCGCAAAUCUAUGUGAAGAAGGGCGUGUCCAAGUGCAUGGAGUGCAACAUUGUGUUUUGCCAGUACGAGAAUUACUUGGUGCACAAGCAGCACUACUGCUCGGCGAGGAGUCAGGAGGGCGCAGGAGGAGGAGGAGGAGCAGCUGGAGGAGAUGGGGACGCCAAGUCGGCCGUUUCACCAACCAAUCCAGGAGCAGAAGUAGCUUCCUCCGUGGAAACCACUCCGGUGGCCUAUCAACAACUCAUCUGCGCCGCCUGCGGCAUCAAGUACUCCUCGCUGGACAACCUGCGGGCCCAUCAGAACUACUACUGUCCCAAGGGAGGAGCAGCUGCAGCCGCUGCUCCUGGAUCCUCUGAUCCCGGACAGCUGGCCCUGGUGAAGGAGAAGUGCGGCAAGUGCAAGAGCCUGCAUGAGAUUGGCCUGCCCUGUCCGCCGCCCAUCUCGAAUCCACUCGCCAAUCCAACCAGCAACUCCCAGCCGCCAACCUCCUCCUCCAACAGCCUGAACAAGUGCCCCGUCUGCGGCGUGGUCAGUCCCACGGCGGCGCUGGCCAAGAAGCACAUGGAGAUGCACGGCACGGUGAAGGCCUACCGCUGCAGCAUCUGCCAGUACAAGGGCAACACGCUGCGCGGCAUGCGCACCCACAUCCGCACGCACUUCGACAAGAAGACCAGCGACGUGAACGAGGAGCACUACAUGACCUGCAUCUUCGAGGAGGAGGGCAACCAGGAGAUGCCUCCUGCCGGGGGAGCAUCUGCAUCUGCAGUAGUUUCUAUCGAUUCCAUGGAUCAUCCCUCGCAGAUGUUUAACUGCGACUACUGCAACUAUGCCUCCUCCUACAAGGGCAAUGUGUUGCGACACAUGAAGCUGAUGCAUCCACAUGUGGCCAUCAACUCACCUUCCAUUUCCCCCGACGCCAGGGAUCAGGAGGUGUCCUCCAUCACCACUACCAACCAGCACUCGAAUUCCGAGGGUUCCAACGGUGAGGCAGCCAGCUUCCACAUCAAGUCGGAACCCCUGGAUGCUCCGCCGACGCUGAGUCUGGUGCACGACAACAACAACUCGCCCAUUCCGACGAUGCCCCACAUCAAGGCCGAGCCCAUGGAGAUCGGUGCACCGGAUGUAACGUCGCCUGGUGGGCUAGUCCCACCGAUGGCUUCGCCGCUGGGCAACAGCAGCGUGGCCGCCGCAGCAGCUGCCGCCGUCGCCGCCGCCGAGGUGAUGAAGAAGUACUGCUCCACCUGCGACAUAUCCUUCAACUACGUGAAGACCUACCUGGCCCACAAGCAGUUCUACUGCAAGAACAAGCCGAUUCGCCCGGAGGCGAGCGACAGUCCCAGUCCGAAUCACCUGGGCGGAGGGGGCGUGGCCGUGGGCCUGGGCAUUGUGGGCGGACAUGGGCAUGGCCAGCAGAAGCAGAACAAGGAGAACCUGCAGGAGGCGGCCAUUUGAGAGAGCCAGCUGCGGUGGGAGGCGCAGCGCAAGCAGCUGGAAUGGUAUUACACCUGCUUCUGAGCAGCAGCAACCGAACCUAAUCGAAUCCUAAGCAUCGCCUCCUCCUUCGCACAGUGUAAGCUAUCCUGUAAUCGACGACAGUAUUCCCGGAGAAUCUCCCUGUCGCUGCCCUCCACUUCCGAACGCCACUUGGGUGCUGACUCCUUCGACUUACCGAUCGAUAGCAGUAUAUACACAUAAACACGCAUCAUAUAUAGUACGCCUAAUGAAAUAUAAACACGUAGAUUAACUAGAUUUAAAGUAGACGCAUACCCAUGAAGUGGGAACCAUGACAUAUAAUGCAUGCCAAAGCUUACCACUUAGACAGAAACUAAAUCGAGGGCAAGAAACUACAAGUUUGCAAUGGAUUGCGGAGCGGAAGGAGGCAAAGUAUUCCUAUGUAGAUCCAAUAUUAUUAUGUAAAUGGCUCGCUGUUCCACAUAUGCGAGAGCGAGCGAUUCCAACUGUGUAAUUUAACUGAGUACAUUAUUUAUUAAGUGUGUGCGACAAUAAAAG